AUACCUGUAAUAUACCUUUUAAAUACUUAUAAAUAGUAAAAAAGAUUGUCACUUUUAAUAGUUCAUUAGAAAAAUAAAAAAUUUACUUUUAAAUUUUUUUAAUUGUUAUUACAAAUAUUAUGAAAUCGUUUACUAUUGUAACAUUUUCGCUUAUUUUGUUGGGUGGUGUUUUAUUGACAUCAUGUAAUCAGACAAACGUUGUUGAUAUAUUGAAUUCACUUCUUAAGAUAGAAAAAUGGUCGUUCUCGGACAAAUACACUUGGUACAAAACUAAUACUCUUGAAGUAUUAAAUAUUAAUAAUUUACUCUUACGUGAUUCUAUGAAUACUGUUAAUGAAGAUAACGUGGACGAAAAACUAUUACAAACAUCUUUAUUGAUAAGUUAUGAAUACGCAAAAACUAUACAUUGGCUUGCUGACAUGUUAACUUUUAUGAAUUAUGAUUGUUGUGUUAAAAAUGAUGAAGAAAGUAUCGAGAUUCAAAAAGAAUUUAUGAGAAUAUUUAAAUCAACUCUUACAAAAGCAAAAAUGGUAACAACACGUUUUUUAAGCGCAUUACAAUUCAUAGACGAUUUAAAAUUAAGUGUUGAAAAAAAAAAAAUCUAUGAUUUAAUUGAAAUAUUAAGCAGAUUUAACGAAAUUGAAAUCAAUACAGAAUUAAAUGAUGAUAGGUUCUAUAUUUUAUACGUAAAUAUUGACGAUAUGUUAAAAAGUAUAAUCAACCACACAGUAAAUUAUUUAGAUAGAUUUCAUAAUGAUGAUGAUGAUGAUAAUGAUCCACUUGAUUGGGAUUCAAAGGUAGAGAAAUUAGAAAAUACAUAUAGGAUUCAUUCGAUAAAAAAUUUUUGUUACGUAAAAAAUGAAAUUUCUAAAAAAUUUUUAAGAAAAAAUACCACACCUAUUGAUUUUCUACUUAAACACAUUACCAAAAGUGUCGAUGAUAUAAUUAAAAUCAAUUACACCGAUCUUGGAUUCGAAUAUGACAAGAUGACAAAAACAAGUUUCUAUAACCUGUAAAAAAAAACUAGUGUAAAAUACUUCAAUUUAGUUUUAAGUGAUAUUCUGAUUGUAUUAGUUAAGUUUCAAAUUUAAACAAGAAUAACUUACUAAAUUUUCAUUGUAUGAUUUAUGUAAUCAAAGAAUUAUAUUGAUUUAUUUUACUUUAAAAUUAUUUAUUGCUUGAUCUAUGUAAUAUCCAUCUUAAAUAAAUGCAUAUUAAUAAAUUAACUAUUGUUAAUUUUGAAUGAGUACCAUUCUCAUAACUUGUCAAAAUUUCAGGUUGAAUUGCUUUUAUAAUUUUUCAAUACAUGAGUAGAAAAACUAUAUACAAGUGAUUCAUUUAAAUUUCUUUAACGCUAUCCGCUCAAUUUCUCUUAAAAUAUUUUUUUGUUCGAUUUAUGUUAGGUAACAUAAUAUUAAUAGGACGUCAAUUGCUAUGUAAUGGAAGAUAUUAAAUCUCUUGUCAAUUGUAUAAAACAGUUAAUUAGGAAACUAUUUAAUAGUUCUCUUAAAUAAAAAUUAACUUUUGAGUUUUGUAUUACAUAUAUGUUAUUAUAAAUAACAUGAAAUCGUUUAACAUUGUAACAUUUUCGCUUAUUUUGUUUGGUGGUUUUUUAUUAACAUCAUGUAAUCAGACAAACGUUGUUGAUAUAUUGAAUUCACUUCUUAAAACAGAAAAAUGGACAUUCGGUGAAAAAAUCUUACUCGUGAUUCGUUAAACUACAAAAUUAAAAUUAACGAUAGAUGUAAUUUUUCUGUACUUAAAUAUAUUAUUUGCACGAUUCUUGCAAGUGCAUACUACUACACUGUAUAUUAUUUGCCAUAAUAUUGUUGCAUUAAGGUGUAAAACUAAAAAUUUAUUUCGUUUGGAAAGUUAGCAAAUGUUCAUAAUGUCUUUUUACAAUUAAAAUACUAAACAAGAAGUUGAAAUUUCAUUAAAUUACUUACAUAUCGCAUUACAUUAUGUUAGCCGUACAUAAUUUGUUUUAGGAACUAAGUUAA